AUGACUUAUAAUCCAGAAGAAUUUCCAAUGAUGAAGCACUUGGAAAAUGAGAUAGUUCCCACCCAAACAAAAUCUGAAUAUAUUCAGGUCUCGACCUUUGUACGACAAUACCUUGAAGCUCAAAACUUGGGUGUACUAGCUGAAAAUGGAAUGCAGAAAGCUGUGUCAACGUUUGUUGAAAAGGACGAUAAAGAUGCUAUCAAAGCGUUCUACGAUAGAGCCUUGCAAGCUGCGCAAGCGCACGUUAAAGAAGAGAAACAUUCAGCCACCAACGACCACCGCGAGAGAGCUCCUGAAAGUGAAGAGGAGGAGCUAGUAGAAGAUCUUUAUAAAGCAAAGGAUAAAUUUGCGGAAGAAUGGGACAAAGAAGAUCAAGCCAAGUCGGAGAAGAAGGGAAAAGCACCGGCGAGGGCAAGGCGUGCAGAUGAUGGUUCUGAUGAGAGUGACUGGGGUGAGGUGCCGCAAAGGAGAGGUGCGAAUGAAGAAGACAAGGAUACAAGUGAUGGCAUGGACGAACCUCCAAAGGGUGGUAAGGGCAAAGCCCCUUUGAAAAAGUCCUCGCGCCGCGAAUUGUUUCGCGCAUCAGAAUCGGAGAGCGACAGUGAGACGAUGAGGACGGCCAAAGCCCCAGCUAAGAAAGCUGCACCGGCCAAGAAAGCUCCCGCUAAGAAAGCGCCCGCUAAGAAAGCAGCAGCUACUAGCAAGACAAAGGGUAAUACUAAAGCAAGCGGGAGUGGGACACAGACUACUUUACCAUUCUCGCAAACACAGACACAAACACAAGGAAGAAGUACGACUGCUAGGAAUGCUAAGAAGACGACAAUAGUAUUGGAUGAAGACGAUGAUGAUAUUGAAGAGAGUGAGGACGAUAGUCGAUAUAAAAAACCAUCUGCGUCCACUUAUAGGACUCGUAGAUAA